UCUCCUCUCCCCGCGCCGGUGACGCAGUCAUGAUGGCCGCCGUACGUCGUGUUCUGGCUCUUCGAAACAAGUUCACCAGUUUAACAAAUGGGUUAAACAUUUAUUUUAACAGCAGACAAUCGUUGAGGGAAAGAACAGCUCUGAGAUACGUAGGGACAGGGGUGUGUAUCACUCUCGGUGGAUUCGCUGUUGUUUACUACCAGCACAUUUCGACUCCGGAUAAGGGACAGGCAGCGAGUCUGCGCGCAUUGAUUUCUCCGCUCCCAGCAGUGGCUGCAAAAGAGCAGGCCAGUGUUUCUGCUGAAGAUGAAGAGGUGUUUAUGUCAGCCCAUGAGCACAGGUUCAGGCUCUUCAGCUCAUUGGAGUAUGAUGGACAGCUUUACAUGACACCCCUCGACUUCAUUGAGUCUGUCACCAUGAGCGAACCAAAGAAAAAGAGGUUUUGGAGAUCCCUCACAAAACAGGAUCUAGACAAGAUUCUGUCAGAUACGCCACCGGUUUGGAAAGGAUCCUCCCGUCUGUUCCGAAACCAGCGUGAAAGAGGUGUCAUCGCUUACACAGAGUAUCUGUUUCUGCUUUGCAUUUUGACAAAACCACAUGCAGGUUUUAAAAUAGCUUUCAACAUGUUUGAUGCAGAUGGCAAUGAAAUGGUGGAUAGGAGAGAAUUCAUGGUGUUAGAGGACAUAUUCCGCAAGAAAAAGGAAAAGAAAAAAGAUCCUGACAGUUCAUCCCAACUGAGUGUGGAACUGUAUGGAUAUCAAGGAUCUGUCAGCAGCAAUGUACUUAAAAAAGAGCAGCCUCAGUCUGAACCCAGAAGUUUCUGGGAUGUUCUGAGGCAUGGUGCAAGAAUAGUUCUCUUUUCAGAUCUGAUGGAGGACACAGCAGAAAAUGUCACCGACACAACUCUGCUGGUUCAUUUCUUUGGAAGAAAGGGCAAAAGUGAACUUAACUUUGAUGACUUCUACAGAUUCAUGGACAACCUGCAGACAGAAGUCCUUGAGAUUGAGUUCCUCAGCUUUUCCAAGGGAAUGACCACCAUCAGUGAGGAAGACUUUGCUAGUAUCCUGCUGCGCUACACUACAGUGGAGAACAUUACAGGCUACCUUGAGAAUGUGCGUCAAAGCAUACCCGAUGAAAAGGGCAUCACUUUUGAAGAGUUUAGGUCCUUUUUUCAGUUCCUCAACAACUUAGAGGAUUUUGCCAUUGCCAUGCAAAUGUACAACUAUGCAAAUCGGCCAAUUGGACAAGAUGAGUUUGCCCGUGCGGUCUAUGUGGCCACUGGCCUGAAGCUGUCAAGACACCUUGUGAACACUGUUUUCAAGAUAUUUGAUGUGGACCAUGAUGACCAUCUAAGCUACAAGGAGUUCAUUGGGAUAAUGAAAGACCGGCUGCAUCGUGGCUCUUCUUGGGGAUAUAAAGGUGAAGAGAGAUUCACAUCCUUUAAAGCCUGUAUGAAGAAGGAACUCACUGCUAAAUAGGUGAUAGACCCACUGUUUCUCCUCACCCUCACGUCUGAAGUGAAGAUAUCUCAAGCUGGAUUAAAGUUCUCAGUGUCUCAAUGCAAUUACCUGCCUGACCUGUGUCAAACUCUGUACGAGACAAAUACUGCCAUAAUUAGAUUAACACAUGCUA